GUACAAUUUUGACGGCACAGGGCGUAUAAUUUAAUAACUUUUAAGAGGGUCUAUCAUUAUGUUUUUUUUAAUGUUUGAUCUUUUGUAGACAUUAUCCUUUUAUUAAAACUCUUGAUAAGUAUUUGUGACAAAAAUGAGCUAUAUAUAAAAAAUUAAACUAUGUUUCAUGCAAUGCUUUUAAAAUUUUUUGUUGUAUAUGGUAGUUUCAUUUCAUAUUGUGAACCCUAUUUUCUGAAUUAAUAAAGAUCCUCGCAUGUUUAUAUACACCAUGAUAAGUGCGAGUUAAAUAGUAAUUGUGAUAAAUAGUAACAAGUUAAAUAUGCAACCAUCAACAGAUUCGGGAUCUGAUGAACAUACAGAGAACAAAACUACUGAAGCGAUUUUAAAAAUUCCAUUCGAAACAGCCAAGAGUGCAGAAAUUGCAUAUCGUGUGUUAUGUGUGGAUGAAGAACCACGUCGCAAUUUUGUCAAAAAGGAGCUCCGUUUAGUGGGUGAUCAAAUAGAAGUACAUUUUAUUGCCGACCAAGUAAAAAAUCUUCGCACUGCAAUCACAUCAUUUUUCGGUGCUCUCCUACUUUGUACGGAUACAAUAAAAGAAUUUGAGCUAAUAACCUCUGACAACGACAAUGCCGGAGCACACUCCAGCACCAACUCCACAUAGAGCAGUCUAUGGUUUUAGUUUUUAUUUACUAUUUCUUACCCUUUUCAUUUUGUAUGUAAUGUGGGCAUUGCUUCCAACUGAGAGCUGGGGUUUGAACUACCUACCCGAUAAAUACUUUGCUGCAUAUCUUCCUAUACUCAUACUUAUGGGCAUGUUCUUCUUUGAGUUCUUCAUAUACCCCGGAAUAGGACUAUCGAUGACACCUAAUGUAGAUCAACUGGAGUCUGUGAUGGAUACAGCUUUAUUACUUCGACAUGCAGAAAUAAAUAUAGAUGCAAAACCAUUGCAUAAAAGUUUGUGGUCUAGAGUGCGGCAUAAUAUACAAGUGACACCGCGAAAAGAGCGUAAAGUGUUAUCAAAUUGUAGAUUUUGUCAAGGCAGGCAUCAACUACCAGCUGCGCAUGAACAGAUAUCAACGUUACGAUUUUUAGAUUUACAAGAUGUUAACCGGAGUAUUAUGGAUUAAAAUAAACCAUAAAUAAAUGCACCAA